CGAGCCACGGUGCACCUUGGUGUGAAAGAGUUUCGUUUUCGCUCUGUGACCUCAGUUUUUGGCUGCCGUUUGAAUCGAAGGAAGAGAAAGUGCGGCGAGAAGAAGAAGAAGAAGAAGAGAAAGGUUUUGAGCAGAGAGAGAGAGAGAGAGUUGAAAGAUGAAGACGACGAAGGGGGGCAAGGUGAUGAACCCCACGGACGCGUUCCGUAAGGAGCUCCGCAAGAGGGAGCUGAAACGGAACAAGAAAGAAAGGAAAAAGGUGAGAGAGGUAGGCCUCUUGAAGAAGGACCCUGAAACUCUUAGGGAGCAAAUUGAGAAGUUGGAAAUGAUGAAGGCUGAUGGUGCUUUGGACAAAGCAAGGAAACAUAAGAAGAGACAACUAGAAGACACAUAUAACCUUGUUUUGAAAAAGAGGAAGGAAUAUGAAGAGAAAAUGCGGGAGAAGGGUGAGGCCCCAGUUAUGUUCAGUCAUUUGGGACCUCCUCGAAGACGGACAACAGCAGAAGAAGAGGAGAAAGUGAAGCACCCAAAGCCUGAAGACUCUGUUUACUAUCAUCCUUUGCUUAAUCCUACGGGCGCCCCACCUCCAGGAAAGCCUCCCAUGUAUAAAUCAUCAAUAGGGCCCCGAAUUCCCUUGUCUUCUGCAAGUACUUCUGCCUCAUCAUCAAUGACAGAGUCAGAAGAUGCUGCAUUAGCCGCACUUCCUCAACCUCCACCUCCACCACCACCCCCUUUGCCAGAUGCUGGUAAUGUGAACUCUGAGGAUGGCUCUGUUAAACCUGCAUCACUGCCUCUACCUCCUCCACCUCCAAUGCCUCCAAGGCCUGCUGGAGCAAACUCGGCUAUGCCAUUGCCUGCACCACCUUUACCACCACCGCCACCUCCUGGUCCCCCACCGAAAGAGCAGGUUGCAAGUCGUCCUCCACCUCCACCCCCUCCACUCCAAUUGUCUGCUCAGCCGCCUCCACCUGGUACUGUUGGAGGUGAAAAGGAGAUAAAUCAGUCUGCAUUGUUAGAUGGCCCACCCCCCAAGGAGCAAACUCAGGUGCCUAGCGUGCUUCCUCCUCCCCCACCUGGGCUGCCACAGAAGUCAAUAAACCAGUCAGAAGGUGCUGCACCUGAUACUGAUACCAACAAUUUUUCAGCAACCAAGGAUCUCUCCAAAAUGAUUCCACCUCCACCCCCUCCAAUACAACCACCUCCAAUACCUGGACCCACCCUGCUCCCAACUUUACAUCCUGAUGUAUUACCCCCAGGAAUAUCACGUCAUCCUACACCACUACCUCCUCCAGAUAUGCAUACUUCAUUGGCUGCUCCUGGACUUCCUGGCCUAGCAGGUCCCCAUGGAGUGAUGCAUCCGCUAAUGCCAAGGCCACCAUAUGGUCCUCCCCCUGGUCCUCCCCCCAUGAUGAGACCACCGCUUCCACCUGGACCUCCACCUACCUUCCAAGAAGAUGAGUAUGGUGCUAAUCGGCCUCUUGCUCAGAAACCAUCUUAUGUAAAAUCUGCUGCAUCUACUGUUGUUAAGAGGCCACUAGCUCAGCACACUCCAGAACUGACAGCUAUGGUUCCUGCAUCUGUUAGAGUGAGGAGAGAGACUGCUGCCCCAAAAGCUAAACCGAAGUCAUCAGUUUCAACUACGGCAGCAGCCACCCAGCUGGCCGCUCCCACCAUUAUGAAGCCAGAGCCAGCUAACUCGUCAUCAGCACCUAAGGCACAGAGCAUUGAUGACUCAUAUGUUGCCUUUCUAGAGGACAUGAAAGCGCUUGGUGCACUUGAUGGUUGAGAUUAUUGUAAGAGGAGAGAGGAGGUGCAAGGAACAGAGGAGGCACACACAACCAAAGGAAACCCAGUGUACAUGUUCCUUUGUUGGAUCUUGGGUUUGAGCAGAAAUACCAAUUGUGGCCGGUAGCCUCUAUUUGCUGCACUUCUGUUUCAUUGGAGAGCCUCUCUUGUCCCAUCCAUCAUUAAUCUUUCAAUUGCUUAAUUUUCAAACCAUCUCAGUUGUUGAGAUAGGUGUGACUUGGAGCUAUUGCCCUUGAGAGAAUGAUAAAUAUGUUAGCAAAUUGGAAACUGUACUACAUUUUAAUUAAUAGGUAACCAUUUUCUUCAUUUACGUUUAA